AUGACUCUUUUCGCUAACACUGUGGUGCCGGGCCAUCGAAUCAAAGCUUGGUUGUGCGUGAUCAGCUUGUAUUCCGUGCCGACUGCGUUCUUCGUGUACCAAUCACGAACCAUUUGGCAUGGUGAGCCCAACAUGCAGACAUCCAUGUCUUCAUCAUGGGGCGGCUUGCCUUCCUUCUUCAUAUGCGCAGGAGAGGGAGGGGGGUUUCCGCACCUCUACCACAAAAACGGCCUGAGCCUGCGCGGACUUCAUCCCCGCACCAACCCGCCGCAACAGAUUCGUGUUUCGAGAAGUUCAUCAACGAGCUCUGCGUUGGGGAGGAAGCUGGGAAACUGCCUGGUCAUCAACGCAACCGCAUUGCAGCCUCUAGGCGGAAUGCGAAAGUCAAGCCUCACCUUUGACAUGUACGUCGCAGCAGAACCUGACAAAAAGCCCGCCAAACACAUCAAUUUGCUGAGCUAUGACCCCCAUGCUAUGCCACGGCUGCAAGUCUUAACAGGGUUAGUGCCGGGCGUUACGCAGGUGGAGCUCCGCAAGAUCAGAAAGGGAUCUAUUGGAGUGUAUGGCGACACAAUUCAGGAUGAAGCUUACGAUGCCGUACUGCAGUUCUUGGCGCCCACGUUGAAGAACAGCUAUAGCACCCAGCUUCAGUACACAUUCCCAGAUCUUGAGAUGGAGUUUUGGGCCGGCGGUAAAAAUCAGUCCCAGGUACAGUCUGCACUCAUCAAAAAGCUGAACAUACAAUCUCAGACAAUGCGCGAUCGCCUGCAGACAGUCAUGCAGACGCCCAAGCAAGACUACAAGUUCACCAUCGAUGUUUCGUCGGACCAUGUCCUGGAGGAGGUGGAGGUUGGCCGCAUUCCGCAGCUGCUCUACUUAUUGUCACGCAUUGGUGGCUACAUGUCCGUACUCAGCCUGAUUCUUCAUUUCUUCUUUGUGCGGCGCUAUCCUGAUAGCCAGGUUGUACAGACAUACGAGGCGAAAACCCUCUUGUGGAGUGAAUUCCCAGAGGAGCCCGCUAGCAGCAUCGACCGCAACAGCGGCGCGCCCGAUGCCCGUUCCAUGCAAGCUGCUUGA